GACUCGUCACUAGAUAGCUCAAUAGUCCUAGUUAGCAGCAACACUCAGCAUAAAAACAACAAACCAAUUGUGAGGAAGUCAAGCAAGCAGAUACAAAACAGGUCUCCAUUUGGCAAAAGAUAUUCCAAGAUCAUGAUGAAAUAAUCAGGAAGAGCUUAAGGCUAAGACAACUGAGACUAAAAAUGUGUUAUCUUCCGGGAUAAUAAACCAUCUCUGGACAAAAGGGAUACUUAAGAAGUUCAAACCAACCAAGCCUCAAACUGACGAACUUGAAGUUGAAGUUGGCUAUGACAAGAAAGCAGCCAAGGAGCUAGCUCCACAUAUAGGCUUUAAUGAGCGUGCUGACAAGAAAUAUCGAUGGUUUAUGGAGGUGACUCUAAAUCUCAAGCUCCCUGAAGGCUGGAUCAGAGAAAAAGGGCCAAAAGGACAGACUAUUUACUACAAUGAUCUUGAAGACGAAGCCACACUCGAGCAUCCAAUGACUUCCUUCUUGAGAUAAAAACUUUUCAUAAAGUUGUUACAGCAAACAUGGAUUCCAAAAAUAAGAAAAUUAUUGAAAAAUUACUACUCGACGAGGCAACCAAAAUAUCAAUCGAGAAACUAGCUAAGCGUAAAGCUCAUUUUGAGAAAUUGAAAGCUAACAAAAAGGGGAAUAUGAAAAGAAGAAUUGUCCUUGGAUCAAGUGCAGCUGCUCAGAUUCUUAACGAAGACAUAGAUGUUCUUAACAAAUACAAAUGUGAAACAGGUGAGUCUUUAAAGGAGCCUGAUAACAAGUCUACAAAGAGGUUUAUUAAACUCAAUGAAUUAACCACUCCACUGCCUAAGCCAAUUCAUUUGUCAGAAGAAGAGUUCAAUAGAAUCACCAACAAAUUCCAUAAUUCUUUGACACUCCUCGACACGCUGCUUGAUGAUAAUCUCGAAACUGUUCUUGUAGAUCCGAAUUAUCAUCAAUAUAUCAGAGAAAUUAUUCCUGAUGCGACAGAUGAUUUUAUUGAGAAUCUUUGAGAUUACUACUUUACUUCAUACAACAAGAAAGGCAAAGGGUCCUCCUUUCUCACUCCUAAAACAGCGAAUCCGCUGCCUCGACUGAAAAUUAUAAGAAAGAAAGUUCAACAGUCGGGAAAAGUGAGUAGAGCAUCCUCACCAAUCCUCGAAGAGUUUGAAGAGUCUUCUUCACAUUCAAGCAUCAAGAAGGUACCCAAGGCUUCGCUUGGGGGCAAGCCUUCUGAUGCUGAGAUCAUUGAGAUUAUCCAUCAAUUCAAUCUUGAUGAAAACUUGGUGCAUCUUCUGUACGAGAUAGAACUUUUAGUUGAAAAAUUUGCUGAAAAUGACAACCAUCUCUGGAGAUUUCGAUCCAUUAAUGGUCAAAAUUAUUGGGUCAAUAGAUUUAACAACAGUGUUAAGAAAGAGUACCCGUACUUGUUUACUCUGAAGUCUGAAGUCAGACAGAUUUUACACCAGAAAGGAAUCAUAUCUAGGAAGUCCUCCAAGAAUUUGAUUGAAGGCGAGUCUCGCGAGCAAAUCUCUCAAAAAGAUAAAAAGGAAUCCGAAAAUGACAUCCUCUCAAAUUCUUUAGAAAAUAGCAAAAUUACAAACCAAAAAUCUUACUCUAAGAAUACAAAAAAGUAUAGUCUGGUUACCAUGGAUGGGAGGGAACUCCUUCCUGAGAAAGUUGAGCCUAAAUUUGUCAUGGACAGACACCAAAUUGCCGCCAAGCUAGGCCUCAACGGACAAGAAAAUCUGGUAAAAUACAUUGAUAUACAAAGAGAUCAGAUCGCAAAUAUGUUUUGAAUGAAUAAAUCUGAAAGAUCUAUUAAAUACAACCUGGAUAACAUCAGGAGAGUCAUUGACAGAAAUCUCACUGAUGAGCAAUUAAUGGAUAUACUGUUCUACUGCCCCUUUCGGUUUCCAGACCUUGAUGCUAGAGAGCAGGAUUAUGGGAUAUAUACCUCCAACCAUGACCAAUUUGUCAAAGAGAGGUCAAACUCAUCGCAGAAACCAUUAAGAUCAGACACUAAUGAGAGUGCUAGUAAAGCUAGCAGAUUUAGCUUUCACAGAAGGAAUAAGUCUAAACUUGACACUCCCCUUGCUAAGAAUAUCCUGAAAGAUAUUCAUAAUUCUCAGAGCUCACUUGUUUCAGUUAGUGAUUCACAAGAAUCUGAAUCUCAGAAGAAAUUUAUACCACAGAGAAGAGAAUUGCUCAAACCAGGAGAAGGAAUCAAAAUUGGCCUUCUCCAGAAUAUUGGCCAAAGUAGAGAGAAUAUUCCCAAUAUCUCUAACGUUUCGAGUAAAAAGAGAGUAAAUAAUUACUCGAGUACUACAAGUGUGCAACAAAUAGAGGAUCUUAGAUCCUCAAAUAAGAAUCUGUUAAAGAUAGGAAAGAGGUCAUUCAAGAGGCAAACAACUCUUCUAAAUCCUAUUAAGAUCAGUCAGGAUUUUACCAAGCCGACACUACAGACUAAUUCAACUCCUAAUAAUCCCAAAAGUACUCCCAAUCGGCCAAAGCUGGCUGGGAAGACAAUAAGGACGCGAUUAUCUUCACAAGGUUUAGAGAUACAUAAAACACCUCAAAAGAGAAUUUCCAACAGCACUUCAGACCCCACCAAAAAACGGUCCUCCCUCUCUUCAACCAAAAGUCGGCCUCUCCUCCUUAACCCUUCCUCCAACAAGUACAAAUCGACUGACCCCCGACUGCUUCCCACCUUCCUCAAUCCAAAACCCCUCAAAAAUCUCAAAAAUUCCCAGCCCAGGAGGCGGACUUUCGCCGCUAGGAAGUACUCUUCCACUACGUUUUCUUUAAACAAAGCUGCAUUUGGUCAGACAAGGCGCAAUAGUACUUCUAAUAUUUCGAAACCUCUUAGGGCAAGGAAUCCACAAGUUCAGGCGGAGGAACUUGAGAAACUUGUAGUUGUAUCAACUAAGAUGGAGAUGCUGAGUAAGGAAGGAUCAGUAGCUGGAUCGGUGAAAAAUAGUCAGUAGGAAGAUGAGAGAGGGAUUUUUAGAGGAGAAAUGGCAU